AUGGGGGCUGCGGGGGCGGGCAGCGAGCGGGUGCGGGAGCUGCAGAGCGAGGUGGAGGGCGUCAAGAGCAUCAUGACGCAGAACGUGGAGCGCAUCCUGGCGCGCGGCGAGAACCUCGACCACCUGCGCAACAAGACCGAGGACCUGGAGGCCACGUCCGAGCACUUCAAGACGACGUCGCAGAAGGUGGCCCGCAAGUACUGGUGGAAGAACCUGAAGCUGCUGCUCAUCCUGGGCCUGGUGGGCGCCAUCAUCCUCAUCCUCAUCAUCCUCCUGGCCACGGGCGUCAUCCCCACCUAGGGGCGCCGAGGGCCUUGGGGGGCCGCCC